ACCAUCAGGAGUGCCAGACCAUCAGAUGCUGGACCAUUGGAGUUUUACUGUACUGUAAAGUAUUAUCAUGCAUUCAGCCACAAGUUAUUCUUACAGCAAUAUUACAGCCCCAUUUAUCCAAGACCUGUUUACCAGAAAUGCUGACUUAUUCAAAUCUAUUCCUCCUCUGCACUCUGAACAAGCCAGAUGAAUUGCUUACCCGUUAAUUGAAGAGUUGGAUAGUUUGGAGACUAAUCUAACUGAAUGUUUUAUUGGCCCUGUAAUGUUUUGGAAAAAUGGGAUUGCUGUACUUAACUAACAGAAAAUAGGAUUGAAAACUGGCAAAUCCAGACAAACCUAUACAGCAAAAAUCCAGGGCAGGAACUAUUUAAUUCUGUGAUAAGUUUCUGCUUGUUGUAAAAGUGGUUGUGUAUUUUGAUCUUUGAGGUAAUUGUGUUUGUGGUUGAAUAACUGAAACUUAAGGACAGGCUUGCCCCUAGGUAUAUGGAGUCAUCUAUGUACUCUUAUUUCCCCUUCGGCGUCAUCUGUCCUGUAGGUGUGAAUGUACAGCCUUGCAUGUUGAUUUUGGCCAAGACACCUCCCUCCGCAUGUUUCCCCCUUUAAACAAAACAAUUUUGUGAAGUAUGUAAGUUUUUUCUUGUAUAUUUAAUGUCAUCAAAAGCAUUUAAUCUGUUAACUGCUGCCUUACUGCUGACCUGUGCCAGCACUAACAUAUCCUGCAUAGAGAUUAGUUACACUGAAAUAACAAUCUAGUGAAAAGAGAGAGUCCCCAAACAGCAGGAGUAGGAACUUGCGAGUUCCUGUUGCAGUGAACAGAAAACAGGCAAGUUCAACAAAUCCCUUUCCAUGUUGAGGCAGGGGAGCAAGCUUAUCCUGUCAGUGGAGGGUACUGUGGAGGUGUUAAUGUGCAGCUUUCGUCCAAUAUGGAGUUAAAUUCAAUUGUUUGUAGUUUUUCUCUCUGUGCUGCUUGACAAGGUUAACUAAAUCAUGUGUGAUUUCAUAGUAUAAUUAGGUCACACCGUUUUUGGUAUGUGGGAAUACCAGCAUUAGGAAAAAGUAUUUUUGGUCUUUGUCAUCUUGUCUCCUGUCCUUUUGGACCAGUUGGUGAUAUGGAGAAGUCUGCAUUGGUGCCACUUUUAAUACAGGUAUUUUUAUCUAAGGUAACUGCAAUAAUGUAAUCCUAGCCAGGUUUAAUUAGUUUCCAUCCUGAACUUCUGAGUCUUUGAGUUUGUUCAGUCAUUUCAAGCCCUGUUUCCACCCACUGUUGUUUUUUUGUAUGAGAAAAUAAUUUCAGUAAAACCCCUUUUCCUUCUGAGGAGAUGGGAGAAUUCUCUCACACUUAAAUGAAGGAGUGUAAGCACUUAUUGACUCUGCAGUCUCCUAAGAGAUAUCUGAAGAGGAAUGGGGAAGGAGGAUGGAAGAAAGGAAGGGGUUUAAAAUGGAUGGUAUAGCCCAAUGUUUGCAUGGCACCUUUGUAGCCAGUAUUGCAAGAUGGAGAUAGCAGAGGAGGAUAAUAGUGGAGAAGAAUACCCAAAUGAAAUCCAUGAUUAUCUGUCGGCAUUUGAAAAAUCUCUUGGUGCUGUAGAUGAGAUGCUGAAGACUAUGAUGUCUGUUUCUAGGAGUGAGCUUCUUCAAAAGUUGGACCCUCUUGAACAAGCAAAAUUGGAUUUGGUUUCUGCAUAUACAUUAAAUUCAAUGUUUUGGGUAUACCUGGCCACUCAAGGAAUCAAUCCCAAGGAACAUCCAGUGAAACAAGAGCUGGAGAGAAUAAGAACGUAUAUGAACAGGGUCAAAGAAAUAACAGACAAGAAAAUGGCAUCUAAACUAGAUAAAGGAGCUGCAGCAAGAUUUGUAAGAAAUGCAUUAUGGGAACCAGCUCCUGAAAAUGAACGUAAAGUGAAAACUUCAGCUAAGUCAAAAAAGAGAAAAGUGAACUAGUUUUUUAUAUUCCUUUAGGUUUUAUUUAUGUUUGUUAGGUAGGGACAUAACUAGACAAUUUUUUUAAUUGUGUUUUGUAUAUCUUUUGCAUCACAAAUGAUGAAUCAAAACAACAAUUUGGUGACUAUAUAUUUAGUUAACACCUAAACUGUAGUCCCUGGUUAUACAGCGUGUAUUGAAAUCAAUACCCAUGUAUAUCUGAAAGUAAAAAUUGUCCUUGGAGAUUAGUUUGUCUUGUUAAAAGAGAACAAAUUAAUAAUUUUUCCAACUCUUUAUUAUAAUGUGCUAAUUCAUUAUUUGCUUCUAAUUUUGGGGUCAUUCUGACUGGAACUGUUUUCUUAGUUAUUACUAAGUUUAAUCUCUGAAUGUUCAGACAGUCACAAAGCAAUGGAUAUCUAGUCUGUGUGUAUUGUUUACAUAGGAGCUACUUGGUUGCAAGUACAUCUGUGUAUGUAAUGCUCAGUUUAUAGAGCAUAAUAUCCUUUGUAUUAAAUAAACACAACUCUUUUUUCAGUCUC